CUUUGCAGCCAAGUGUCCUCGUCGUCAUUCAUUGAAUACAAAUGUAUGCAUAUAAAUAAUAAGUGUGUGUACGUGUGUGUGAAGGCUGUUAAUUCACUUUACACUACCACUCGAUUAGGGUUGCUAGUUUCCAAUUCAGCUGCGCAAUAGCACUAAAAGCGCAAAGCAAAUAAAGCUACGCUUCUGCAAUAAGAGAGUGAAGAAGCACACUUUGAGUGCUCGCUGUUAAGGGUUGCACGGUCAUGAGUAUAAAUUCAUGAACUCAACAAGGAUAUGACAACAUAUCCAUAUUAGCCAGCAAAACGUAAACAACGAACGAAAAUCAACAAAGCAUGGCACAACCAAGUAAAACACAAAUCUACUUAAAAGUCAAGAAACCACUAUUAGAGCGUCAAAGACGUAUGCGUAUCAAUAAUUGUCUGAAUUCAUUGAGGAAACUCGUGGCCGAAUUACAAGCUGACGACAAAGUAUUACGCAUGGACAAGGCAGAGCUGCUAGAACAAACACUUGUAUUCGUACGUGAACAGUGUGGGCGCACCAGCGGGGAAAAUAUACGUCGUAGGUUACAAGUGCCCACGGACGCUUUUAACCAUGGCUAUCUGAAUGCCGUUAAUGAGGUGUCACGUGUGAUGGCCUCAACAACCGGCAUGGGCGUAGAAUUUGGCAAAUCUGUGAUGACACAUUUGGGUCGCAAUUACAAUAGACUACAACAUCAUCAGCAGCAGCUUCAGCAACAAGUAACACAUCAACAAUAUGAUCCCGCGCACAUGCCAACACUAAGCAUAGAGUGUGCACCACUCAGCCCUGCUUCUUCCGGCUAUUACAGUGACUGCGAGAGUUCCGCUGCUUCACCUUUUGCACCACUACACACCACUAUCAAUGCAUGGCGACCUUGGUAACUAGCAGUGGAGUUGAAAUGCUGAUGUGUGGCGGGAGAAUGUAGCGGAAAGACUAAUGGGCACGAAAACGAAGUGUCCUCCAAAGGCUGUGAUACUGAGCUGUGAUAUAUUUA